AUGGAUCUUCGGGAUGAAGCAAUUUACGGUUUUAUUCGACAAUUUUCUGGAAAAAAGGUAGCAAAACUACUUGUAUUUCAAGAACACAAUGGAGUUGACUCAUUUCUUGAAUGCGAAGAUGCUACUGCUGCACUUCAAUUGAAAUCUGAUCAGCUAGAUAAAUUGAUGAAAAACACGUGCAUUACAUUAAGUGAUGGAUCUGUUGUUGUUCUUUCAGGUAUCGAAUCAUCAAUCAUUAAUCUUUAA